GGGUCGAUUGUGAGCGGGGCCAUUAUAUAACCAAGUCGGGGGACUGAAAAUCUUCGUCCGAAGGAAAAACUCUCUCUCUUGUCUUGUGACAUUUGGAACAAUCGCCAGCCACCAUGGCUGACGCACCAGUUUCCAAGGAUCGUUACAUGAAGUUCCCGUACACUACGACAGCAAAGGUGUACUUCUUCCCGUACAAAUAUCACUGGAAGCACGCAUGGUUCACCAGAUACUGGUGCUAUGGAAUUCUUCUGACUCUACCAGUUAUGUGGAAGAUCACCAAGCUCGUCAACAAUCCCGAGAACGUCGAGAAAUGGCGUGAGAUCAGAAGGAAGGAGUUUUACGGUGAGGCGCACUAAAUCCUUCCCCCCAGGGGAAAUUGAAAAAAAAUCCCAAAAAUAUGUAGAAAUCUUCUCAUUCGAUGAACUGAAUCGUGAUCCACACGUUGUAAAUCAGUGUUAAUAAACAAUUCAAAGUAUCAAGAAUAUUUAAA